UAUAGGAGGUAGCAGUCGUUCCAAUGCUCGACAAUCCCGCUGCGCCAAUUCCGUCUCCCAUAAACAUCGUUCGCCCCAUCUUCCCCUUCUCCUUUCCCAUCCCGCAUGAACGGUCUCCUCGUCCCCGUCCCCGUCCCCGUCCCCGUCCUUCCACAUCAGAGGCCAUCAAGAGGAGUAAGCGAAGACACCAGCCAUGUCGAUGUCGGAAUGGGACUUCGCACGCGCUUCCGAUUACAAGACCUUUCGCCAGACUAGCCGUGACCGGUUGUUAUAUGAAAUGCUUCGAUCAACAGACACAAGCAACUCAAAAUCAUCAUGGAAGAUACUCAUCAUGGACAAAUUCACCCUGAAAGUCAUGUCUUUUUCUUGUAAGAUGGCCGACAUCACAGAUGAAGGAAUUUCAUUGGUGGAGGAUAUUUACAAGAGAAGGGAGCCUUUACCUUCAAUGGAUGCUAUAUAUUUCAUUCAACCAUUAAAAGAAAAUGUUAUCAUGUUCCUGUCCGACAUGUCUGGAAGAUGUCCAUUGUAUAAAAAGGCAUAUGUUUUCUUCAGUUCACCUAUACCUAAGGAAUUAAUAGCUUACGUCAAAAAUGAUACAAGCGUCUUACCCCGCAUAGGUGCUCUUAGAGAGAUGAACUUAGAAUAUUUUGCGAUUGAUAGUCAGGCCUUUUUGACUGACCAAGAUAUGGCUUUAGAAGAGUUAUUUGGAGAGAAAGCUGAAAAUUCUCGUUAUAAUGAUAGUUUGAAUACAAUGGCUGUACGGGUUGCUACUGCAUUUGCUUCUUCAAAGGAGUUUCCUCAUGUGCGCUACCGAGCUGCCAAGUGCACUGAUGAGUCUGACAUGACAAAGAUGCGUGAUUUAGUACCCACAAAGCUUGCUACUGCCAUCUGGAACUGUUUGUCCAAGUACAAAUCUACAGUCCCUGAAUUUCCCCAAAAGGAGACAUGCGACUUACUUAUCGUGGAUCGAACAAUAGACCAGAUUGCACCUGUUAUACAUGAAUGGACUUAUGAUGCCAUAUGCCACGAUUUGCUUGAAAUGGAUGGAAACAAAUACGUAUAUGAGGCACAAACAAAGGCAGGAACAGUAGAAAAGAAGGAAGUUGUCUUGGAAGAUCAUGAUCCCGUAUGGCUUGAGCUUCGUCAUGCUCAUAUAGCUGAUGCAAGUGAAAGGUUACAUGAGAAGAUGUCCAACUUCACAUCAAAGAACAAAGCUGCACAACUUCACCAAAGUUCAAGAGAUGGUGGUGAGAUUUCAACUAGGGAUCUACAGAAAAUGGUUCAAGCUUUGCCACAAUACAAUGAGCAAAUGGAAAAGCUUUCUAUUCAUGUCGAGAUUGCGGGAAAAAUUAAUACGAUGAUUAGAGAAGCAGGUCUUCGAGAAAUUGGACAGUUAGAACAAGAUCUUGUCUUUGGAGAUGCAGGGGCAAAGGAAGUAAUUAGUUUCCUGAGGACAAAGCAGGAUACCAGUCCUGAAAAUAAGCUAAGGUUAUUGAUGAUUUAUGCAGCCACUUACCCGGAGAAGUUUGAAGGUGACAAGGGGAUGAAGCUGAUGCAGCUGGCAAAAUUAUCAACUGACGAUAUGAAAGCUGUAAAUAACUUGAUGUACUUGGGACAAAUAGAUUCCAAAAAGGCAUCAGGGGCAGGUUUCUCUCUUAAAUUCGAUGUUCAGAAGAAGAAACAAGCAGCAAGAAAGGAAAAGAAUGAUGAAGAGGAAACAUGGGCACUGUCACGAUUUUAUCCCGUGAUAGAGGAACUAAUUGAGAAACUAAGCAAAGGUGAACUAUCUAAGGAUGAGUAUCCAUACAUAAAUGAUCCAAGUGCUACUGCUCCUGCUGCAUCAAAUAAUGCAUUAGCCCGGGCAUCUACAGCUCAGCCUGCCCACUCCAUGAGAUCCAGAAGGACUGCCACAUGGGCUAAGACUCGGAACUCUGAUGAUGGGUAUUCAAGUGAUUCUAUACUGCGAAAUGCAUCUAGUGAUUUCAAAAAAAUGGGGCAACGAAUUUUUAUAUUCAUUAUUGGUGGAGCAACACGAUCUGAGUUACGUGUGGCUCACAAGCUUACAUUAAAACUGAAAAGGGAAGUUAUCCUUGGAUCCUCUAGUGUGGAUGAUCCUCCCAUGUUUAUUACGAAACUGAAGAUGCUUACCAGACAACAACCUUCACUGGAGAAGCUUCAUAUCUAGAUUUUGCAACUACUGCAGCUUCUUGGUUCCAAAUGCAGAUGGUCUUUUUUCACAUUGUGAUCAUAACUCCAACUUCCAUGGCUUAUCGUCUUGUCAAAAGCACACUCUCUUCGCUGCCAUAUCCCAUCCAGUGUUUCUGUCGAUGUUAGACAGGAUGAAUAUUUCUCUUACCUGCUGCUCAAUACAAUUUUUGUAAUACAUUUGACACCACAACAACUGAAAAAACAUAAGUACCUUUUUGUCUGAA